AUGCAGAAAUUUGCAAAGACAAAAUAUACUACUGAUAAUGAAAGUCAGUACGCACUCUUACUUAAUGAAAAUGUUAACAAUAAUGUGAUCAGUUAUCUGAAUGAGGUAGACAUUGAAUCAAAUAACAUGAAGCCUUUUGCACAAAAUCGAUAUCUUGAAGAGAAUUUUCAGCAUACUGCUUACACUAAUAAUAGUAAUCACAUGUCUGCACUUUUAUUUGAAUGCACAACACAUGAAAUAAAGGAUUUUGAAUUUAAUCAAUACCAGAAGUCGACCACUGACUGCCACUCAACAUCACCAUCAUCGUCAUCAUCAUCAUCAUCAUUGUCGUCAUCGUCUCAGCUAAUCAAUAAACCUCCGCAGAAUAAUAAAAACUGCCCUUCAUUAAUUAAGCUAACUAAAAAUAAUGAAAUGAUACCAUUAUAUGAAUUUUAUUCAGAUGACCUUCAAGUGAAUUGUUUAAAUGUAUUAAAACGGUUCAGUAGUGACAACAAUUAUAAAGGCGGGUAUUUUGAUAGUUUUGUCAAAAAAUUUAAAUUAACCAAUCAGUAUCAUGAUAAUAAUAGUAAUAGAUGGUAUCAAUCAAAGUAUACAAAUUAUCAGUUAUUAACACAUAGUGACGAUGAUGGUGAUGAUUAUGAUGACGAUGUGGAAACAGAAGGAAAUGGGAUAAAUAUGAUGGGAAGAGGUAAAGUUGAUAAUGAAUUAACUAAUGACAGAAUGAACUUAACGUUAUUUAAAAAACACAUUGAAAGUGAACAAUCGAAGACCCUUGAAGGAAUUAAUAAUGGUAGUAAUAAUAUUUUAAAUUCGGAUAAUUAUAAAUAUGAGAAUAUAAAGAGGACAGUUUAUAAUGUACAUCUAGAAAGUAUUGAUCGUAAAGAAGAUCUGAUCAAGUUGAAAAGGAAUACAGUAUUACACAUCAAAUACAGAUCAAAUAAAGUUGAAUUAUGGUAA